GAGCAUUGAAGAAUGCGAGUGAAAAAAUAGUGAAUAAAAAAAAAACAUUUUAAUCUGUCAGAGUUUUUAGAUUUGCAUAUCUCUUGAAACAGCUGAUGACAGUAGCCUCGAAUAAACGAGCAUUGAAGAAUGCGAGUGAAAAAAUAGUGAAUAAAAAAAAAAAACAUUUUAAUCUGUCAGAGUUUUUGGAUUUGCACAUUGAAAUACCUCCGCAGACGUUCAUUCGAAAUCAUAAAAUUCACUUCUCUCGGUCUCAGUUAGAACGAGCUCAACGAAGAUGGGAGGAACGUCGACGGAAGAUACGUGUGUGUAAAAAUAGAACGCAUAAUUCGUAAGAUUCGUUGCGACCAGACAAUAUUUAUAACCUAAGUUAAUUUGCAUCUUCGAGUGAUAUGCAAAGAUUUUCUUCAAUCGACCUCCACGAACGACAUUGGCGUUAACGAUAAUAAAAUGUUCGACGGAAACACCAGCGGUAAUGUGCCGCUGCCAGCAGAAAAAUUGCCAGAAUGUUGGAAUCAAGAGGAGAGGAUGAGCGCGCUGUUCUCGCCGUUUCGCAGCAAAUCCGCAAACCCGCAGGACUGGAUUUCCAAAUACAAAUUCUGGAAUAAUUUGAUAUACGAAUGGCUGAAGCAUACCAUGCAAUGCAGCUUUUCUGUUGUCGAUUUGAACGAAGCUUUCAAAAGAAAAGGCUGCGCGCCGCUAUGUUUGGUUACCGUAAUUGAGGAACUUACAAGAAAUAACGAGAUAAUUCAAGAGACUGACUUUGUUAAGGCACCGUGCGAAACAUGGACAGCGUGGUCAAUUGACAUAUUCGUAAAGAAACCAAUUGGCUGGUCGUUUUCCAAAGUAAGGAACUACAUUGUGGGCCAGAAGAUAAAUAGUACAGAAGUAAGAUACGUACAUCUGCGGAUUGUGCGAGAAUUGGGUGACAUUAUCCUCUCCAUCACCGAAGUCAGGAAAGAUAACAUCUUGUUCCCAAUAUCGGAGAUAAUAGAAUAUUGUCAGAGCAAAACGAAGAAGCAGAUUUCAGACGGUGCAGUGAGAUUGACGUUAGAGUGGUUGAGACAACAGAAGAAGGUGAUUUUUAAGAAGAGCUCCAAUCCAAAUAGUGAAUUGCUAGUUAAGAUCUCUGCGCAAACGGCAAAUGAAAUUACGGAGGUGGAAGAAGGCAUGUAUAAAUUAAGAAAACAGGAAAACGAACUAAUCAAGGAUAUAGAGCUUAUGGAGCAAGAGAAGCUGAGUGUUAUUAAUGAAGCGAAACUGUACUUGGGAAAAGAGUUGCGUCAGAUGGCGAAGACGCGAUUAAGGAGAAAAAUGGAAUUGGAAAAGACCAUAGAAAAGCGCGCGCAAGCUCUUGCAAAUCUACGCGUUCUCAUCACCAAUAUCGAAGACGCGCAUUCUAACUCUGCAGUGUUAUCUGCUUAUAAAACUGGAUCCGAUGUACUGAAGAAAAUAGGACAGAAUGGUUUAACGGAAUAUAACGUAACAGAUGUUAUGGAUGAUAUUAAUGAGAUUUUAGCGGAGAACAAAGAGAUAGAUUCGGUUUUAUCUGAGACACUGAACAACACAGACUCUGACUCCGAAUUGGAAAAGGAAUUAGCGGAAUUGUUGGAUGAGGACAAUGAUGUUUCCACUGCAGUUUCAAAUUCAAAUUCAGAGAUUGAAAAACUGAAGCAACGUUUGCAAGAUUUACGCGUAGACGGUAUAACUGCCCUACCAUCUGUACCGUCCAAUAAAGAAAAAGCACUAAAGGAAUUCGAGUAUUCGUAAGUUGCAAUAGUCUGUGUAAUUCUACAAUAACUUCAUAGAAUCAUUCGUCUCUAAUUUUUUAAAAAUAUUUUACUAUAGGUAUAAAAUCGUAUAAUGGAAAAUAUAUUCAAAUGUACAUUAUGUAUAAAAACAAUGUGUAAAGAUUUUUUUUUUAAUCUGUUUUGUACAACUUGGCAUGUAUGAAGUUAAAAUAGAAGUAACCAAAGUUUCUAUUCUGCUCACAUA